AUGAAGUCCAUUAUUCUUCUUUCCGCGUUGGUAACAGUAGCACUAGCAGGUACCCUCCCCGAAAAAGUUAUCCCCAUCCUCUACCAAGCAUCUGAAAUUAGCAUUAACGGACGAUACAGUUCUUUAUUCGAAACCGGCAACGGCAUCAUAUCUGAAGAAUAUGGAACUCUAAAAAACGCUGGAACUCAAAAUGAAGCACAAGAAGUAGUUGGUAGAGUAGCAUUCCAAUCACCCGAAGGCAUUCCAAUCUUAUUAGAAUAUACCGCUAAUGAAUAUGGAUUCCAAGCUAAAGGAGAUCAUCUUCCAGUACCUCCCGUAGAUACUAACACUCCUCCACCAAUCCCACCUGCAAUUCUAAGAGCCUUAGAGUACAACGCUGCUCAUCCUGAAGAAGAUGAUUCUCUGCAACACCAGGCACAGGGCCAAUUCAGGCCCUAG